AUGCGGAAGGCUCUGUUGGCGAGCCAGUCCGCCGGAGCGAGAGCGAGCCGAGAGGAGCCGCCGCGCCGAGAGGUGGAGGAGGAGGAACGAGCCGCCACCGCCGCCGCCGCCAUCAUGGUCCCCCUGCCGGUCCCCGCAAGCGGGCCUCCGCCUCCCCACGCGCGGCUGCUGCUCUUGCCGGCGGCCGCCGCCGCCGCCUCCUCGGCAGCCGCGCCGCCCGCCCCCGGCGCGGCCUCGUCUCCGCCGCCGCGCAAGAGGCAGCGCCUGGCGCACCUCAGCCCCGAGGAGAAGGCGCUGCGCCGGUGAGGGGAGCAGGGAAGGCGGGCGGGCGGGCGGGCGGGCGGGAAGGGGGCUCCGGAGACGGGCCUGGCCGCUGACAGCCUCUCUCCGCAGGAAGCUGAAGAACCGCGUGGCGGCGCAGAGCGCGCGGGACCGCAAGAAGGCGCGCAUGGGCGAGCUGGAGCGGCAGGCCGUCGAGCUGGAGGCGGAGGUAGGUGGGCCAGGGAGGGCAGCGCGGGCCGGAGAGGGCUCCCGGGGCCGCUUCCCGCCGCUCAGCGCCGCCUCUCUCCUCCCCGCAGAACCAGAAGCUGCUGGCCGAGAAUCAGGCGCUUCGCGAGCGGACGCACAGCCUGGCGCGGGAGAACCGGGAGCUGCGCCUGCGCCUCGGGCUCCCCGCUCUGGAGGCGGCGGCGGCGGCGGCGGCGGCACCGCCCGCAGGAGCAGGAGCAGAAGGAGGGGCAGCACCGACGGCAGUAGCGCUCAAGGUAAGAGAGCAGCUCCAAGAGGCCCCACCUGUCUCCCUGAACUCGAGCGCUCACCUGAGUCUCUCUCUCUCCUUCCCCCUCAAAGGUGGAGAUGCUGGAAGAAGAUGAGGGGGAGCAGCCCGAGAGGGGCAGCACCACUGGGGCAACGGCCGGGUCCGCUGAGUCUGCAGCACUUAGACUACGUGUUCCUCUGCAGCAGGGACAGGCCCAGCAGCCGCUCGCCUUGGUGGUGGUGGCCUCCGCUUGGAUCCAGACAACUCUGAUUCUUCAGAUUCUGAGGUGAGUUCUGUUGCAACCCUUUCUGGCCUGCUGUGCACAAAUGCAGAUGGAACGUGGACCCCUUUGGGUUCGUAGAGCAGAGCUCAGACUGGGCUUCAUCCCACAAAGAACGGCCUUGAUUUCCUCACAUUCUCACAGCAACGGCUAGCCACCUUACUUUCACCAACGGGUUAGGCGGGUUGUUAGGAGCUGGGGAGCUGACUGGGACAUCUUGGAAUGGGAUGUUUUUUGUGCUAAUGAGAGGACUUAUUCCUUUUGCAGUCUGAUCUCCUCUUGGGCAUUCUGGACAGCUUGGAUCCAGACUUGUUCCUGCACUAUGGAGGAAGUGCAGAACCAGCCUGUGUGGAGAAGUUGCACCAAGAAGCGAGUGGAGAAGCAGAUUCCUUACCAGCCUCCCCCAGUUCCUCUCUGGGGUCCACAACACCCAAGCUGGAGGCCAUUAAUGAACUGAUACGGUUUGACCAUGAGUAUACCAAACCCUUCUUCCUGGAGAUUGUGGCGGAGGGGGAGGGCCAAGCCAAUAUGCUAGUGAGAAUAGAGGAAGUUGUUCCUCCCUCCUCUGAAAGCAUCCCCCUGGAGUACCCCAUCUCUGUCAAGGAGGAGCCUGUCAAUGUUCUCUUACCUGAGCUGGGCGUCUCCCACCUGCUCACCUCAGACCAGAAGCCUCAGCUCACCCCCUGUCUGCUAGAUGCUUCCAGUGAUUCAGGUUACGAGGGCUCCCCUUCCCCUUUCAGUGACCUGUCCUCUCCAUUGGACGCAGAGUAUGGCUGGGAGGAGGCCUUUGCCAAUGAACUUUUUCCGCAGCUGAUCAGUGUGUAAAAGAGUCUCUGACUCCCCCAGUGAGCCCCUGCCCUCACAGCCAAAAGGAGAGCAGGGCUACUUAUAAAGAACAUUCCUCUUGAAAGUGUUUCAGCAGAACCUUAAGUAUUGUUCUCAUUUGUAUGUUUUAUCUACCCAACAUUUGCCUAAUGCAGAGAUGAGGCGAUCUAAGAAAUUGACAUUUUACAGGGUUAGAAGUGGGCACCUGUGCUCUUUGAGUAAGACAUUGCCCUAUGAGGGGUGGGUGGGUUUUCCCCUUUUCAUUUAUGUAAAUAAUGGGGCAAUUUGGGAUAGAAAUAUUUUGUAAAACAAAAAAGUGUAAUAAUUAUUUUUCCUCCGCUGCAUAUUUAAACAACUAUCUGCAAUUAAAAAAAAUAUGGAAGUGAUUUCUUGCCUGCCUUCCCCACCCUAUUAAACCUGUAAAAUACUUUUCCUAUAGACAGUAUUGCACAAUUGCUGGCAAUAAGGUGGUUUAGGGUUUGAAGAAAGAUUAUUAUUAUUUGGGCAGUCAGAACAGAAAGUAUGGCAUUGCUACAUAAAGAACAGUCACUAGCUUUGCACCAUUCCUUUUCAUUCACAUUAAGAUCUUGAAAGGAACAAGGUAUCAGAAUUGAGCCAGUAUGUGUUCCGGUUAUCAGACUUUUUUUGGAAUCCGAACGUACUCCGUGCGGGGGGUGCACUUCCAUUUUGAGUUCCACACUUCUGUUGGUUGCUUGCGGAAGCGGUGAGGGGAUGGCUGAUGCUGCACUGACAAAGGCAGCAGAGGGACCCAGCGCCAGGGGGGGUGGCGACGGCAGCACUGCAGCAUCAGCCCCGCACACUUGUCCCUUCAAUGGCAAUUGGUAGAUCAGUGCUAGUUAUUUAUACUUGGUAGUAAAUUGCAGCCUGGUCUAUUGCUGUCAUUUUGUGGAUCAAUGGUCUCGUCAGAUAGUAAAAUUCAUGUUAAAUUGCUGUUUUAGGGAUUGUUUUUAAUUGUCUGGAACGGAUUACAGUCAUACCUCAUGUUACGUCCACUUCAUGUUACGUCCCGCAGAAACCUGGAAGUACCGGAAAGGGUUGCUUCCGGGUUUCGCCACUCGCACAUGGGCCGACGUGCAAAAUGACGUCAUGUGAAGUGGCGAAUUGCAACACGUGCGUGUGCAGAUGCACCGCUGUGGGUUGUGUUCCUUUCAUGUUGUGAACAGGCCUCAAGAACGGAUCCCGUUCACAUCCAGAGGUACCACUGUAAUCCAUUUUGCAUUACUUUUUAUGGGAAAGUGUGUCUUGGUUUUGGACACUUUGGUUUUGGAACAGACUUCCGGAAUGGAUUCAGUUUGAGAACCAAGGUACCACUGUACUAUUAAAUGCUGUGAAACUGCUUUUGAUCCAGACCAGGAAGCAAGAAAAUAGGCCCACCUUUCUGAUUUGGAGGAGGGCUUAGUAAACUGGACAAAAACUUCUGGCUGAUAAAAAUAGCAGUUGCAUGAAAGCAGCAGCUGUGAAAGCCCAAGAACUCCCCAUAUUGUUCUGAAAGAGCCAAGCAGAAGCGGUGUAUGCCUUUUUUGUUGAAGUGGUUUCCAGCAACUUCCCUGCUCGAUAUUUCUCAGAGGUGUACAUCUCAUAACAGCAGAACUUGAUGUCACCCAUCUGACUGGGCUGCCCCAGCAAUCCUGUCAAACAAGCAGCAGGUAGGCACAAAACAAGUCCAUGUUAUGUAAUGAGGCACAGUACAUGGUGCCUUUCCAUUAGCUCUUGCAUUGACCUGCAGCUUCAUUUCAGCUGACACAGAAAUACAGAUUACUACAAGUACUAAGUCACAACACUUUAAGGGAUCAUAGGCUAAAAACUGUGGACAUGAAAGACUCAAAAUCCAAGGGUGCCACUAGAAGUUGUAAGGGGAGAGCCAGAUAAAUAGUUGCCAAAACACUGAAAGUGCAGUGUGGUAAUGUGUCCCUCAAGGCAGGGUUUUUUUUUGGGGGGGGGUCCCAUUUAGGCCGCUGUUAGUGCUUGAGAUGCAAGAGACCUGCUCCACCUUACACAGCAACUGCAGGUGCUUUUAUUGCUUUAGCGACACAAUGUCACUUGCUGAUUUGCAACACAGCUUGUUCAGGGAGAUGGUUUGAUCACUUCAGUAGGUUGCGAGUGCUCGGUGGUGUAUAUUUUUCAGGGCCUUCUGGAGGGGCAAAGGCUGAACUAAAAAGUCCAAAGGAGCUUUUCAUGGCAGCUAGCCAAUGCAGCAUCACCAGGGGCCAGUAGAAACUUGCAACUGUUCCACCACCUCUUCAGUGGUCAAAACAGCAACACCAUCCCACAGCAUACUACAAACGUUAAAAAAGUUUAUUAACAUACAAAUUGGUCCAACCAAAGACAGACCACUAUCCAAUGUUGCUUAUUUCAAACGGACGGACCAGCAAACACUCAGAGAACUCCCCCUCUGAGCUAUACUUGUGUGGCACUGUCUUCCUGUGAGGAAGCCGAGACAGGUCUCAAUGACAAAAAUGAAUUGGAAAAUAAAUUAAAGUGAUCUGGAUCUAUUUACUUCUGGAAUCAGAAGAAUUCCCCUUCUCUCACCGGUAUUUGUGGGAUAAGCAGCCUCAUAACCAACAUGCUUACAAAAGCUGCCCUGCCAGGCUUAGCUCACCUUGAGAGACUAGAUAAUCAAGUCUUUGUCCGCCCCGCCCCGCCCCCUGAAAAGCUCAGCAUGUGUUCCAGCUUAGCCGCAUGGCUCUAACAAACCUCCCAAUAACAAAUUAUACCAAUAAUUUAGGAACUUUCACCACUUUGUAAGUAAGCCAAGUUUUACAGCCUAUGCAACUUUCUGAGUGCUGUUGCUGUACGGAAAAGCACAUGAAUCUGACCUUUGGACAGUUUUAGACAAUUUUAAGCUUACCAAAUGUGUUGUCCUUUAGAAUACACAAGGGCAUAUUCUAAAGGUCUGUAUUCCCACUUUGCUUGUGUCCUCACCAUGGAGUACUUGCCCCAAACCUGGAUCCUGGCAUUCAGGAAUUCUUUCUUUAUAUACUUAUUUUAUCCUUCCACCAACAGAAGUAGUCUUCAUUAAACAGCAUUUAGCCAGCAUGAAUGGUAACUGCAACAUCUGAAAAAGAACCACCAAUGGAAGACCCAAUGCCAGAGCGAGACAUUUGCCUUCACCGUCUUCUCACAUCAGCUGUGGAGGCCCUUCCACAUGCUACCAGAGUGGGGACCAGCAGGUUCUAACCGCUUGGUGUCCUUCCCUCCAUCCUCUGAAACUUGGGCAGUUUAAAAGCCACUUCUGCUUGCAUGUAGAGGACUACCAAAAAGGAAAAUAACAAUGGGAUAAAUGCUUUUCUCAUACUUCUUUGGCCCACCAGUUGUUGCCAGGCUACAUCUCCAAUCUCUUGACCACUAGCCCUGCUGGCUGCAGGUGACAGUUUAGUCUUAACAAGACUGGGGGGUGGAUGCACAGGGUUUCCACUCUGAAUUAAGAUGUAAAUGUUUAGGUACAAUUGUUCUAACGUUUUGAAGAAGAGUGUGGGCAGGGAGGAUU